AUGGGUCCAAGGCUGAAUGGUUCUGAAGGUGGCUCCUCAAGGAGUCUCUGCCUGGAGCUAGUCAGUUUAACAAUCUCCUCUGAAGGGCAAGGGCAGCGCAGGAGUACCCAUGACCAUGAGGGGACAGUAGUGAGUGCACCUGGCCCAAUCCUCCUGGGAAGGAAUGGUUAUGUUGCCAAGAAUCAACUUGGAGCAAAUGUGUGUACAGCAGAUGGCCAGUUCAUUGUAGCUAUCGCCAGGAACCUGACCCGUCCUGCCCUCAACCUGUCAUCUCUGUACGUGAAAGAUGGACAAGAAGCUGAGUGCAGGCCUAAGCUCAUCACAGAGGAACUUGUAGCCUUCCGCUUCCCAAUUACCUCUUGUGGCUCGACCCAGCGGUACCCCAUUGAGAGGAUCCUUCGGGAGUCAGUGUUUGUUGAGGUUCGUGUGAAGGAUCGCACUGACCCAAUGAUUGUGCUGAGAUUGCAUGACUGCUGGGCUACCCCUGUGCCUGCCCCUGACCAUGAGGAGCAGUGGAGCCUCCUGGUGGAUGGGUGCCCCUAUGAGGGUGAUGACUACCUGACUGUCCUGCACCCAGUAGAUGCCUCUUCUGGCCUGCAGUUCCCAGCCCAUCACAAGCGGUUUGAAGUGAAGACCUUUGUUUUCUUGGAUGGAGUGUCUGAGCAGCCCCUCUCUGGGCAGGUUUACCUACACUGCAGUGCUGAAGUUUGCUCUCCCUCUGCUCUGGAUGACUGCACAACCAGAUGUGGUCCAAGUGAGUUCCUUGAUGCUUUCUGUUGAGCUGAGAUCCACCCUCUCUGUCCCGAUCUUCCAUGUCCCCUACAUCCA